AUGCGGGACGAGCGCAAGAUAGUGCUCUUAGGAAAGCACACAGCAGGCAAGCCGAAGAUCCAGGUGUUCACAGCAUCCGGCCGACUCAUCGCGUCCUUGAAUUGGGAGCUCUCCCCGCCCAUCCUCCUACACUUCACCGCGUCACAUCUGGUCGCGCUUUCCGACGAAGGCACGUACAGGCUGUACGACCUGUCCUCGCCGGGCGACUACAACCAGUACACCCUCGGAUCGGAGGUCGCGGACCUGGGUAUUGUGAGCGCGCAGGCGUACGACGACGGGCUCGUGGUCCUUACGGGCGGCCUCCAGUUUGUGGAGUCUCGCGGGUGGAAGGGCGCGCGUGUGAGCCAGAUGGCUGACUCUGGACUCAUCGAGGCGCCCCACACGUGGACCAUCGUGCCGCCCGAACACUCGAUGAGCGGGCACGUCGAGGUCAGCGUGUCGACGGGCUCGACGAUUGUAACCCUUGACGCGCUGGAGCGCGUCGAUCAGCACCUCUCCAAGGGGCCGUUUACCCACGUCGCACUCUCACCCAACGGUCGCUUCUAUGGGUUGGUAACGGCCACCGGGCUGCUGUGGGUGGUGUCCUCCGACUUUGCGCGCAACCUCUCCGAAGUCGAAAUUUCGUCCAUCACCCCAGAGGGAAGAAGCGCACCGGACUGCGUUGAGUGGUGUGGUGACAACGCUGUAGUGCUGUCUUUCGGGGGGAAGGUCGUCAUCGUUGGGCCUGGAGGAGACUCGCUCAAGUACGACUACCCGCCAUCAGUUGUGAUCAAGGGAGAAGUGGACGCGCUGCGCAUCAUCUCCUCCAGCUUGUGCGAAAUGCUUCAAAAGGUUCCAGACCCCUCACUCGCCGUCUUCCGACCGGGAUCGGACCACCCAGCAGCUGUGCUGUACGAUGCAUUGGAUCACUUCGACCGCAAGUCGCCCAAGGCCGACGAGGCGAUACGGAGCAUCCGGCCUGAUCUCGCGCGCGCGGUCGACACGUGUAUCGAGGCGGCAGGGCAAGAAUGGGAAGUGACAUGGCAACGGCGGUUGCUCAAGGCUGCCCAGUUCGGCCGCGCCUUCCUUGACUUAUACAACCCUAAUGACUUCGUCUCGAUGGCCCAGACCCUCAAAGUGCUGAACGCUGUGCGGUACUACGAGAUCGGCAUCCCCAUCACCUACGACCAGUACACGACGGCUGGCCCACCCGCGCUGAUCACGCGUCUCUUGACGCGGAACCAGCACCUCCUCGCUCUGAGGAUAUCGCAGUACCUCGGCCUGCGGCCUGACCCAGUGCUAGAGCACUGGGCAGCGGCUCGCAUCAUGCGCUCCAAGGCUGAUCCACGAGACAUGGAGAGCGAUGCGGCGCUGUGCGACGCGAUUGUGGACAAGUUCGGAAGCGAGGGCGAGAAGGGUGUGAGCUACGCCGAGAUUGCAAAGAAGGCGUGGGAGGCCGGACGCGUUCGUCUGGCGACCAUGCUCCUAGACCACGAGCCUCGGGCAGCGGAGCAAGUACCGCUCUUGCUGCAGAUGAAGCAGGACAAGAUAGCGCUCGAGAAAGCUGUCGACUCUGGCGACUCGGACCUUGUGUACCACGUCCUGCUACGGCUUCACGCCUCGCUGUCCCCAGGCGACUUCUUUGCACUGCUGGACGACGGCGCUUCGCCGCAACUUGCUCCGGCCGUGCGACUCCUGCAGAUAUACGCCCGCGAGAACGACCGGCAACUCCUCCGCGACUUCUACUACCAAGAUGACAGGCGGACGGAGACGGCGGCCCUCGACAUGGAGGAGGCAGGACAGGCGACAACGGUGGCAGAGCGCGCCGAGCUCCUGCGUGCGGCGUCCAAGAGCUUCGGGGAGCACAAAGACCGCGCGUUCGAGUCGAAGCAGGCGGACGACGCGGCACGUCUCCUCGCCUUGCAGGCGCAAUACGAGAAGGAACUCGAGUACAAAUUCGCCUUCCUUGGACUCUCGGUGUCUGAGACGAUGUCGCGCCUGCUGGUCGAGGGGCUGAACAAGCGCGCCGAGCACGUGCGCUCAACCUUCAAGGUGCCGGACAAGCGCUUCUGGUGGAUCAAGCUCAAGACGCUGGCAGCGACGCACAACUGGGAGGGCCUCGAGGCGUUCGCGAAGAGCAAGAAGAGCGCGAUUGGGUACGAGCCGUUUGUUACCCAUCUCCUCUCGCUCAACCCCCCGCAGCCCCUGCAUGCCGCGAGCUACGUGCCGCGUUGCGACGUCAAGAUCCGACCUGAUCUGUACGCCCAGUGCGGGCAGUGGGGCAAGGCGGCGGAGGCCGCCAAGGAGCGUAAUGACAAGGCCAAGCUGGAAGAGCUGAAGCGGCGUGCGCCACCAGGCUUGCCCCUGCGUGAAGUCGAGGAAGUGAUCCGGCGGCAGAAGUAG